CUUGAGCUAGAUGAGCUGAUGCGCGAGAGCUACAACUCCGAUCUGUUUCAUUGGUACUGUGAUCAAGCUGCUCCAGUUGUGAAAGAGUCUGCCAUCUUCCUCAUUCGCCUUCACGCAUACAAUGGUCCGCAUUUCGUGCUGCGACUGCUCCUAUGCAUACAAUGUGCAAAACCCUUGUGCCGGACUUCAUAUCUCUCCGAUUAUGCGCCCGCAACGUUAGACAAGUUCUUCGAAGCUAUAGACAAAUGGGAAUUACACGAUGUCAUGGAGAUCUGCAUACAACGUCGAUUUUCUAACGCAUCGGGCCUACAGCCAACUCAACCUCCUUGUGCCUUUCCUCUGCUGGCUCUUGACAGUCGACCUCAUAUACGUGAAUGGUUUGAAACCAGUAGAUCCCAUUUUCCAUAUUUCACGAAGUUCGACGGUCCCGUAUCGAUAAUAUUUGGUGAGGUGCUGGUUACCUUAUCCGGAAACGCAGGUCCGACCGGGGAGCCCAAACCUACUUCUUUGCUUGAAACGUCUACAAGAGGCGCGUCACUGUGGGAUCUUCUACCAAACGCGUUCCAACUCUUUUUUAAUUCACGACGUAAACAAUUUCCGCGUCUCCUGCUGAGCCAUCUUUCCGAUAGAACUAAUUUCCAGGGUGUAUUGAGGUGUUUUUUGCAAGUUAUUGCAAUCUUACGCGAAUCUCUGUGGUUUGAGGACGCGCCAGAGUUGCCGGGGGUUGCCUUUUCGAGCUCAUUCGCAAAAAUAUUUAUCUACCUUGGGGAGGAACUUCAGCAUGCUAUAUACAGCGACCGUGUCCAUGUGUAUGCGUUCGAGACAUUGUUUCAGGUCAAAGAAUCGAAUGCAGUACAGCAGCUCACAAUGUUGCGACUAUGCGAAACUCAUUCGGCUGUGAUAACGGCAGUAGCCUUAGGUUCACAGUACCAGUCACCCGCAUGGAACAAUCCUCGGCAGACAGCUCAGACAGUCCUCAAACGUUUGUUGAUGAGGGAUGCAGAGGCUGCCUUACAAUGUCUAAGCGAGCUUUGUCGUGCGCGGAGGGAUCUUUCCAGGAUCUUCAUAUCACGCUCGGCUGCUCCCUCAGUGUCGUCGGUUGAAGCAUGUUCACCUCUACCUCAGGGUGUAAUGAUUCACACACAACUUUGGGAAAGCGUGUAUGGUCGACUUCACCCGAAUCAUGCGGACGGCAUUGCUCUGGUGCUUUCAGCAGUGACUCGCGUCGCGCACGUUGAUCGUCUUCGGAUAGGCCCGGAUGAAGCGUUCUCGUCCAGCUUUCUCAAAACAGACCAGGCGCUUCGAAGUCGCUUUGUGCGAUGUACCCAUAACGUUUGGGGUGCACUGGGGACUAUUCGAGACUCGUUUGGCCCCUCCCUCGAGUCCUUUGCCGAGUUAGCCGGAGUCGACUCGUUGGUGAAAUUCCUGUCGAAAGAAGGAGUCACGGAGGAUGCCAUUCAGCUUAUGCUGCGCUCGGGCCUGAACGCUUAUGAUGCGGUGGAACGUUCUGCAUGCUAUAAGGCUUUCCUGGAAAACCAUCCUACGGCUUCAUUCAAAGGACUCAUAUCUUAUCUUACAACAUUCAACCACUAUGCUUCCGCGAUGCCUGAGGCUUGUGGAACAUCAAAGUAUGUUGUCCGCAGUAUGACAGACAUUUUAUCGUGUCUUGGAGAUGCAGCGUCGGGACUCUUGCUCGAUGAUGAUUACGGGGACUCGGAAAAUCUACCGCUCUUUGCAUAUGUUCCCAAGCUUUGGAGACGCAUGACGGAUGGUCUUUCGAUUAUUUUCCGUUUAGUGAAGUCGUGGUCGAUUUUUUAUCCCUAUGAAGAGAUGGUGGUCUGGAUGCGUGAUGCACUGAUCUUUGGACGAGAUAUGAUUGCCGUCGUCGAGGUCUUGCAAACCGCCACAAAUCGUGCAGGUGCCCGGCUGGCGUCCUCAUCAGAUGCAGAGACCCCCAACCUCAUAGCGGAUCUUUGCGUGAUCCUGUUAGAACUCAUUGAGUGGUUGAAAUUAACCGAUGAAGAGACUCUGCACCAGUCCCACCAACUAUUGAAGUCUCUGUUCGCCUUCUUUGCGUUGUCAAAGACAAAUCCUCCCCGUUCUGCUGUCACAUUAUUGGAGCGAUACGCGAUGCGGGCCAAGGGUACUAAGACGCAGCUGGAUGACAGCAAAUUGGCCGAGCUUAUGGCUGUCAUGGAACCGUUCUUAGACCAGGAUGUAACCAUUAUUCAGCCUCCGAAGCUAAGAUCUACUCCAAAGACGCCUGCGUCAACGAGUAAUGAUGAUGAUGAUAUCGAAUACUUGGGGACUUCAAGCGGUCCCGCGGAACGCAAGGAGUCUCAAAGAGUCGUUCCAGAAAGUCUGCGUACCGAAUCGACGUCUCGGGACGAUUCUCGAUCCAGGUUGCGAAUGUCUGCUGUCGGGCCAAGGUGUUAUGUCCAACUUCGUCACAAAACUUGCUGCGCCGAAAACUUCCAAAAUCUCAAAAGGAGACCGUCCUACAAACCGAUUGAAUAUCCAAGCAAUGGCAUCCUGGCGGGUCCCUCCAUCACUCCGUCCGUUCCAUCGAAGAUCGAAUCGAAGUUGAGAGCACCUGCACCGGAAGUUGUUUCCUCGUCUUCGGAGGCCACAUCGAGUGAAGAUGAGAACGACGAAUUGCGCACAAAGAUUCCCUCCCCUAAAAUAGCGAAGGUUGAGCGCCGUCAGAUAAAAGUGGUCAAUCAAUCGAUUCGGCAAACAGUUGACCAAGAGGCGUUAAGGAAGGAGGAGGCUCGUAGAACUGAGUUGAGGCUAAAGCCCGACUUGAGUGCUUUCUACCGCCAUGUGCUCGAAUGGGACUAUGACUCUGCAGGCUCCGAGCCUCCUGAUGUCCAACCACAAUUUUCCAAGAUUCCCGAUUCUUUCCCUCCUGGAAAUGCUAUGGAGGUAUAUUCAAAGGUCUUCGAACCGCUUAUCCUUCUCGAAACGUGGAGUCAACUCAUCAAGACGAAGGAAGAAAUCCCGACAACCUUCGAGGCUGAAGUCACCGCACGAGGUCGCACAGACAAAUGGCUUGACCUCGAAGUCUCUAUCUCAGAAGCCAUUUCCCCUGGAUGGUAUGUCACCGAGAACGAUAUUGUUCUUCUGCGGGAAGCGGAUGGACCAAAGAGUAUUUUAUGCAAAGUGAAGAAAUCAAAGUUAGCACGUGAAAGCUUGAGUAUAGGCUUGCGGUGCAGCCCUUUCACAAACGCUCUUGCGUCGGUUGACUCUUUGCUUAUGAUUCGGUCCAGAUGGAAAUUGACUCGUUUGAUGAGCUUAAGUACCGUGUACCGGGAAUACGCAGCGCUCCGAGGGUUACAAUAUUAUGACCUCUUUGAAGAUAUAGUUCAUCCAAAGAGAGGAGUCCUUCCUAAGGCUUCGCCCGAACGCGUUAAGGAAUGCAUGUCGAGGCAUCAAGUCAAUGAGCCUCAGGCGAACGCAAUUGUAGGGCCUCCUGGGACGGGGAAGACGUCCACCAUUGUGGCUUUGGCAUAUACGUUCUUGUUGAACCGACGGAGGCCUGCCACCGCAAUUUUUGUAGGUCGCGAGUCUCGCUCCGAGGAUAAGGAGCCGCCCAAGAAGCUACUGAUUUGUGCACCGAGCAACGCCGCUAUCGAUGAAGUUGCGCAACGCUUGAAACAAGGUUUCCGCAAAUCUGAUGGGAGUCUCUACAUCCCCAAGAUCGUUAGAAUUGGCGCAGAGGAGAAAAUGAACCCUUCGAUCAAGGACAUUUCCUUAAAUGUCCUGGUGGCCGCGAAAAUGGGGGCAGAGCCGACGACAACGGAUCUCACCGCUCUACGGGGAAGUUUGAAAGAGAUUGGUAACAAAAUCCGAGUAAAAUUGGAGGAAUUGGAAUCUCUCAAGGACAAUCCAUCCAGAACUUCUGAUCUGCAGCGUGAACUACACGAGCUCAAGAGUGAACGAACGAAAUUGGGGCGGAAUUUAGAUGCUGCGAAGGACGCCAAUACGAACAUUAGCCGUGCUCGGAUAGCACAGAUUUUACACGAGGCUGAUGUGAUUUGUUCCACGCUUUCAAGUAGUGGCCAUGCCUCCUUGGCCCCGUAUUUAUUCGAGACCGUCAUUAUUGAUGAAGCGGCACAGUCAAUAGAGUUAAGCUCAUUGAUCCCUCUCAAGUACCGGUGCACUCAAUGUAUACUCGUUGGAGAUCCGAUGCAGUUACCGCCCACAGUCCUUUCGCCUCUAGCAGCAAGGCACAUGUACAAUCAGAGCCUGUUUGUCCGUCUUAACAGACAUAAGCCUGCUUACCUCCUUAGCAUUCAAUACAGAAUGCAUCCUGAAAUCAGCGUGUUGCCCCGUAAUCUAUUUUAUGAAGGGAGACUGAAAGAUGGACCUGACAUGGCCGCAAAGCGUUUGACGCCAUGGCAUUCCGAUUCAUUAUUUAGACCAUACCAGUUUUUCGACGUGGCAGAUGGAAGAGAAGAAAUGGCUAAGGGCCAUUCUCUGCUUAACAGGACUGAAGUCAAGUUUGCUGUCAGCCUCUACGAACGCCUCCGCAACGUGUUCUCAUCGAGGGUAGACCUUGAUCAACGCGUUGGUAUUAUUGCGAUGUAUGAUGCUCAGAAGAACGAACUCCAACGGCAAUUUUCAGCCAAGUUCUCCCGGAGCAUUCUGAGCAGCAUUGAUUUUGGCACAGUCGAUGGCUUCCAGGGGCAAGAGAAAGACAUCAUCAUCGUGUCUUGCGUUCGAGCCGGACCCAAUGUUCAGAGGAUUGGACACUUGGUUGAUAUUCGGCGGAUGAAUGUCGCCAUGACCCGUGCUAGAUGUUCAUUGUUCAUCCUUGGACAUGCCGCAACGUUAGAGCGUUCGAAUGAUAUGUGGGCCAAGAUAGUCCAAGAUGCUCGAGAACGAAGCUGCUUUACGAACUCGGCACAGAUUGGCGGUGUAACGAGGAAUUUGCAGGCCUCAUGGAGGCCUCAGCCGAAAGUGGCCAAAGCGAGAAUCAGUCCCAAGAAGAUAGCUACAAUACAGACAUUGCCAUUGAGGCGACCUAGUGACAUGAGCCAGCCCAAUGCUGCAUCUGAGGCUUCGCCACAAAACGUCCCAGCUUCUCAGAGCGAAAGUUCAACGGUGUCAAGUAUUCCCUCCAAGCGCCAGGCACCCGACGACGCGCAGGAAUCUCGAAACCUGACCCUGAGUGCACCCAACCCCCAAUCAAUGGGGCAAUCAAACGGGAAGCGACAGAAACCUGGUCCUAGCUUGUUCAUUCCAAAAAAGAACCAAAGGAAAUAAACAGUAAAUAAAUACUAUUCCUUUAUGACCCACAGCUGGUCAUGCAUCACACCACCACGUUCCUUGAACAGUACCCAACACUCCCCAAGUCCAACCCUAUAAUGUUGUUCAUGCAGUCCGCUCAUAAUGACAUCUUGUAUCGCAAGUUUUAUAUUUUCAUGGGUGGGAGUUUGAAUUUGCCGCCAUAACUGGGGAUCACAACGUCCCCGUCCCUGCUUUCAAAGUUGCAGGAACCUCCUUGGGUUUUGAGAAGGUGCACAAAGAGCGUCCCAGCGUUGCUAGCCAUGCGGGAUUUACGACCGUCAGGGAUUUCAUCCACACACGUUUUGUCCGAACAAUAUCUUGGUAGACCACGUAUUCAGGUGGGGGCCCACCGAAAAGGAUG